AUGUCCAGCCAGCACGAGCCCCCUCCUAAAGGCCAGACCUCCAAGGACCUUCCUAAGUGCCCUCCCCAGGCUUCUGCUCCAGUCCUUUCCUACUGCAGCUCUAACACUAGAGGAUACUACAAGUUUAGUUCUGAAGGACCAUAUAGCCCAUUUUCCCAAUGGCGGAGGAAAUCCAUCAGGCGCCGAGUGCAGAGUUCUGACUACAAGGGCAGUGUCAAUGGGCAGAGUCAGAAGUCUGCAGAAUGUGGAGGAUGUUGUGGCAGUUAUGGGGGCUUCUCUCAGCCCACAAGAGCAGCAUUAAAAGAAUGA